AUGACAACUUCAAGCGGUAAUGUCACAUGGCUAUUCUCGGCAAUUUUUAAGUCGUCAUGUCAAAUCAAAGUGCGCUAUUAUCCGUUCGAUGAUCAGGAAUGUGAAUUGCGAUUUGCUUCCUGGUCGCACGAUUUAAAAGAAAUGGAUCUAAAACUGAUUACUGAUAAAGGCGAUUUGUCGAGCUACAUGAAUAAUAGCGAAUUCGACUUGCUUGAUAUGACGGCUCGUAAAGAGAUAAUCAUCUUUCCGACAGAUCCGUCACAACAGUGGCCAGUGAUCGUCAUUCGUAUUCGGAUGCAUCGAAGGCCGUUGUUUUACGUCUUCAACCAUGUGUCUUAUUUCGGGCUUUACCAUAAAAAUUCAAAAAAAAAUUAG